AUGGCAGUGGAAGUGAAGCAGCUGACUUCCAUUUCUUGGAAGGGCACUUCUGUUGUUGUUCCUGAAGAGCCGGUCUUGGAAAAUGAUGAAGGUAAUACCUUUCUCAAGUUGAGGCCUUCUCACCAUGUGAUCACCAAAUUGAUUUGCCCUGACUCAAAGAAAAAGAACUUGUCUUUGUCAAGUGGCAGCAAAAUGAAUGCUCUGCUGAGCCUGGUGCAUUCAGAGACCCUUGACAAGAAGAGUGAAGAGAACUCUAAACAAGAGGGCGCUGCAGAUUUGUUCCAGCAAGAUGGGCCAAGGCCCAAGAAGAAACAAAAGAAAGCAGCUGUUGAAGCACCGUCCCAUUCUGUGGUGGUCACCUUACCCAAUGGUGGCUCUUUGUCAGUCAUGUGGCCUCCCAGCAAGCAUGCUGAUGUUUGCAUUCUGCUGGAAGACAGCAAUUUGGAAAGGAGCAUUGAAGAUGUUCUCACUGGUGCUUGGCAGGUGACUGAUGUGAUGGUGAAUGGUGCUAUCAUUCUGAAGAAAGUGGACCAAGAGCUGUUCAUUUGGUACACAGCCGAUGGUCCCAUGUGGUACAUCAGCAAUGUAUAUGUGGAGGAUGGCAAGUCCUGGCAGAACUUGGGAGUCUUGGGCAGGAUUGCUGAUGUCGACAAAUCACCAUCUGGUGACAUUUUCAUCCCUCAUAACAGCACUACACCUGCCCAGUGGGUGCUGGCUGGAGCGAUUUGA